GUCUAGGCCAGUGUUUCACUCGCAUUGCGUUUUUCUUAUCCUUUUGAUGUUAGCUGCAAAAUCACGUAUCGUCUGACAAAGCAGCUCUAUAUUUACGGAUAGCGCGCUAUCGCUUUGAAGAGCGUAUACAGACCCCUCGGACCGACUUCUCUGCAGUGCCUCAAGGAGAAUAGCCAUGGCGAUAUUCUAUGUCCUUCUAGGCUUCCUCGCAACAGGCGUCCUGGCUGGCAGCAAAUAUGAGUCCAACAGCUACUUUGACACCGUCCUGCGCAACUACCUGCCCCACAACAUCCGAGCGAGAAGACUGGACCCCCUAACCGUGAGGGACAUGGACGUCACAGUACCAGGAAGCCUGCUUAGGCAUGACUUCAAGGCGAAGUUCACGAACGGCAGCAUGUUCGGUCUCUCGACCGUUGUCAGACGUCUCGGCGAUUGCAGUGCACCAGGCUGGAUGGCAGGGAAUAUCACUGUCGGUUGUUACAUGAGCGUGAAUGGACUCAAUGUCCAUUAUAACGUCUCUUCUAAGGGGGACACGAUCAGUAACGAAAAGAAGAAGUAUACAGCGGACAUCACGACGAAGAACACAACGGUCUUCGUCGAGGUCACACAGAGAAAACCGAGAGCUGCGUCCCUGAAGACCUUCAGCGUGAGAAAGAUGGCGCUUGAUGUUGCUCUUUCAAAACGGCUGGAUCUGAAUCACAACAGGAUGCAGGACUUUGUGACCACAAUCAACAGGACCGUGCAGAGAACUGUCAGCGAUGUCCUGUACGACUCUUUGAAGAAUGCCCUGGAUGUAUCGGUCAGAGCUCUCCAUCUUCCUGAACCGUAAAUAAAUGUACUCAACAACGUA